AUGUGGGUUAUGUUGGAAGUAUAUUUUGUCGCACAGAUUGCUGGUUGGAAAAGCGGGGAGGACGGGAGCGUUGACAAAGAGCGGAUGUUGCGCACAAGAGGCACAGCGCCAUUCAAACGACCAACAGAAUGGGGCCUAAGAUGGGAUGAAACAACCAAGCUCGGAUCACUGCAAGGCACAGGACAUGCAGAUGAUAUUGUAUGCAGAGGACAUGUGAACGUGUUCGUGGACACGAUGGAGCGUAUUCGGGUGGUUUUUCAGACUCUUCGGUGA